AUGAAUUCAUUUGUAAAUGCAAGUGAAUUUAAAAAGAAAGUUGAAAAAUCAGACAAGAUAUCGGUUAUUGGGACUGGUGCUGUGGGAAUUGAGAUUGCUGCUGAAAUAAAACACUAUUACCCAGAAAAAACUGUUAAUUUGAUUCAUCUAUAUUCGUUGUUUCCAACAGAACUACUUUAUGAAAAAUUCAAAGAAUAUGUUCAUUCAGCUUUGAAAGAUGCGGGAAUAAAUAUUUAUCUUGAAACUAGGAUUGAAGAAGAAUUAGCUGAUGGUAACUUAGCAACUGUUGAUGGCAGAAUUAUUGAAUCUCAAUUUAAUUAUUGGAGUAGUGGCAAAAAAUAA